AUGGUGUACAAUUCGUUGACUGAGGCUCCUCGCAACGUCAAGGAGUGCAUCGAUUGGUUGAUAGCUCUGAAGGGGAAGGAUGGUGAAAAAAACUUGAAGGCUUUGGGUGACGCAAUUCACAAAUUCCUUGCAGACAAGCCUGUUGGAUUUACAGAAUUGCCAGCUCUCGAGAAGGUAAAACUUAUUUCUAAGGAGUUCCUGGAGCAAGAGGGGCUUAAGGGUCAGUGGUCCGUGAGCAAGCUGUUGGGGAGGUUUAAUAAGCCUAUGGAUAAAUCCAAGUGCACAGGGUUUUUUAAAAGCCAGUCGGUUAUGUACGACAGCGAUUUGAAGAACAUUAUACAGACUGAGGAUGUUGACGCUGAAGAGAUCGCAGGUGACUUAGCUCAUGUGGUGAAUGGUUGUGAGUUUUUCCUGCAAAAUGUAAAAGUCCCUGACCAGUAUAAGUCUGCUUACAGUUCGAAAGCUACGUGGGAGUCGUCAUGCGCUCAGGACCCGGAAGCGUGCGCAGUGGUCUUCGUUGGGAUUGCGCCAAUGUUAUACGUAGGCCUACAUUCUUUGCGUAGGACGAGUAAAAUUCCAUUCUUUUGGGAGAGUUCUCAGGACAAGGAGCGUGUGGGAGAAAUAUUGAAAGUCGUGGGCUUCAAAGCGCCCGAAUGCCGCGACAGCCUGGCUCCUUCGGAUGUCCGCGAAGCGUUGAGAGGUGUGGGUCCCCAUAUAUUAGAUUUUAUCUACGACCUCUCUGGUUUCUGGGCGUUCUACUGA